AUGGUUGUCUAUAAAAACGAUAUUGUUUGCAUCCCUGUUCGCGAUAUCUUCACCGAUGAAAUAUCAAGACAUUACUUCAAGAUUGAUUGCGACGAAUCACCAUGUAUACUGGACACCACGGCAUCUUUCUACCAGAUCUCCUCCGUUUCUUCAAAUCUACCAUAUGCUGCGCAGCCUCAAAUGUUCGCUAUUCCUGAGAAGAUGAGCGCUACUGUAGAAAGGAUGCGCAAUAUAGUUUUGGCUCAUGAUGAGGUUGAAGAAAACCCCUUGGUCCUGCUUCUUUAUGGCGCUGCUGGUAGCGGCAAACGUCUGGUAGCUACACACUUGGCUAUCGAGACGCAUCGAAAUCUUAUCGAAACGAGUUGUUAUGACAUCUGGAGCGAGGUGACAUCGCAGUCGGAGGAAAAGCUCAAUAAGCUUUUCGAGAAAGGUUUGAACUCAAGCCUUAACUUUAUGCGAAAAAUUACGCAGCUAGCUGUCAAAUUGAACUUUCAGCUGCUUCAUUCCAACCUUGCAUUCUUCAUCUGA